AUGUUGUCGAAACUUAGUGAGGUUCGCUUGAAAACCACUACGGCCACAUCAGCUCGCGGUCGACGAACCAUCGUGACAGCGGCGCUGAUCUUCGGCACAUUCCUUGUCGGUUGGAUGCCGGCCAGCAUCCUCUUCCUGAUGACAGCCGACGGAAUGCCGUUAUUCCGGAAAUCAAGCGUACUCGUGAACGUCCUCUCCAUAGUUGUGCUCAUCAACAUCAUGAUCAAAUCCCUUACAAAUCCUAUCAUCUACGCUACAAGAAUACCCGAAAUACGACACUUUGUGUUGCAUCGCCUCCUAUGGAAACUUAUACCUCUUCGAGAAGAAACGUCUCGUGAUAGUAGCACUAAGAAAUCGGAGAAAACACCAUUGAGGAAUGCUAAGGCACCUAUAUAA